UUGGUGUUGCAACACCCAUCAGCCUCUCUCCCUUCCCCUCCCACCUCCUCUUUGCUUUAAUGUUCUCAUAGUUCAGACUCAGGCCUGGGUUCUGGCCUUCGGGGUUUGAGGCCUCUGGGACUUGAGCCUGAUCUUCAUCCCAAGUUCAACCCUUCACCCCUUCACCUAAGGCCAGGGCUCCACUGACCCGCCCAUCCCGGGACUCAGGGACUCCGUCGCUGCCACUUUGCCUGCCGCCACCGCUGCUGUCUCCGCUGCCUGAGCCCUGAUGGGGGAGUGAGAGGCCACAGCUGGCCGGACAUGGGCCUCCCCACCGUGCCUGGCCUGCUGCUGCCACUGGUGCUCCUGGCACUGUUGGUGGAAAUAUUCCCUUCAGGGGUCAUUGGACUGGUCCCGCGCUCCAGGAACCGGGAGAAGAGAGACAGCCAGUGUCCCCAGGGAAAAUACAAACACCCUCAAAACGGCUCCAUUUGCUGUACAAAGUGCCAUAAAGGGACCUACCUAUACAAUGACUGCCCAGCCCCAGGGCAGGACACAGUCUGCAAGGAGUGUGAAAAGGGCACCUAUACUGCAGUUGAGAACUUCCUCAAACAUUGCCUCCCCUGCUCCAAAUGCCGGAAAGAAAUGGACCAGGUGGAGAUUUCUCCUUGCAUGGUAAACCAGAACACCGUGUGUGGCUGCAGGAAGAACCAGUACCAGGAGUAUUUGAGUGACAAUCUUUUCCGGUGCCGGGACUGCAGCCCCUGCCUCAACGGCACGGUGCACAUCUCCUGCAGUGCGAAGCAGAACACCGUGUGCAUUUGCCACGCAAAGUUCUUCCUAAAAGACAACAAGUGCAUCUCCUGUGAUAAUUGUGAGAAAAACUCGGAGUGCACGAAGUCGUGCCCAUACACAGGUAACCUGCAGGUUACUGGGAGACCUCCGGACUCAGUGCUGUUGUCCCUGGUGAUCUUCCUUGGUUUCUGCCUUUUAUGCCUCCUCUUCAUGGGCUUAACAUGCCACUUCAAACGGUGGAAGCCCAAGCUCCAGUCCAUCGUUUGUGGGAAAUCGACACCUGUAAAGGAGGGGGUGCCGCCGGAGCUCCUGGCCUCCGCCCCAGGCUUCAGCCCCACCACAGGCUUCAGUCCCGUCCCCACCUCCACACCAAGCCCCACCUCCACCCCUGGUGAGUGGUCCGACUACAGAGUUGCACCGCAGCCACCCAGAGAGAUGGCCCCGUCCCACCAGGGGGCCGGCCCUCUGCUCACCGCGACUCCAGCCUCCACUCCCAGCGCCACCUUGCUUCCCAAUUGGGAGAGCAGCACCUACGCGCAGCGCCCAGAUGGUGACCCUGCAGCGGACCCCGCGACGCUGUACGCCGUGGUGGACGGCGUGCCCCCGUCGCGCUGGAAGGAGUUCAUGCGGCGCCUGGGGCUGAGCGAGCACGAGAUCGAGCGGCUGGAGCUGCAGAACGGCCGCUGCCUGCGCGAGGCGCACUACAGCAUGCUGGCGGCCUGGCGGCAGCGCACGCCCCGGCGCGAGGCCACGCUGGAGCUGCUGAGCGUCGUGCUCCGCGACAUGGACCUGCUGGGCUGCCUGGAGGACAUCCUGGCGGCGCUGGGCGCCCCCGCCUCCCACCCCCUGCAGCCCCACCUGUCCCGGUGAGGCCACGCCCCCGGGAGGGGCCUGCCCGGAGCACGACGGUUUCCUGCCCCCAGGACCUCGGGAGGACUUCGCAAGGGACCCUCUCCUCAGGCACGAGCUGGCAGCCACUUCCUUGGUGCUACUUCCUCGGUGCUCAGAGCUCCCUGAGCUGUCUGAGCACUGCCGGAGGGUCAGCUGUGCGUGUGCAUGUGCGUGUAUGUGUGAGUGAGUGAGAAAGAGGGAGGGGGAGAAUGUAGAUGGAUAAAUGUGGUGUGUGCGGUUGUGAGAGUCUGAGUGUGCCCCGAGCCCAAGCGGGUGGUUGUGGGGGCGCCAUGCCUAGUCCCUGUUUCCGGCCUGGAGGACCCAUCAAGGCCCGUUAGCAGCCCUGGUUGGUCCCGGCCCUUUUCCACACACACAAACAAUCCGUAUCAACGAUGCCAUGCUAAUGGAACCUGGCACCUCUCGGUUCCCUGCCUGGACAAGCACAGAGACAGCUGAGUUGUCCCUGGCAGGGGCAAGCACACACCGUGGAGCCUCCCGCUGGAGCUGUGGACUUGUGUAAAUACACUAAAACUGGAGAAUUAAAGCUCUGCUCCUGGA